GCUCACGCCAAAAUGGCGGGCACGUCAAUCCAGGUCCCGACAAUCAGUCAGGCUGAUAUGUUUGCCUUCCACGAACAACAUUUCGCUCAAUUCGCGACAGAUCACUUCCACUCCCAAUUCCUCCGACCUUCCCUCGAUGACCAGGAACCCAUCCCAUCCCAUGAACAAGAAGAAGAAUACUAUUACGAGGAAGAAGAGGACGAUGGACUCGGCUACUAUCCCGACGGCGUCAAGCGCACCCUGACCGACGAGCAAAUCGCCAUCUUUAGACACUCGGAGCUCGAGGCUCUGCGUCGCGGCAGACAGCCUCCCAAGCCGCAAGGGGUCACCGCCACACUGGCCGAAGACCUCUCCGAAGGCGAGAUAUCAUCGCCGGCGCCAGUCGUCACCGCAAAAAAGAACAAGAAGCGGAAGCGCAACAACAAGAACAAGAAUGUCGGAGAGCCGCCGAUGGAUCUGCGCAAGCGAACAUGGGACGUGGUAGACAAGGGCCUUGCCAGCCUCGACUACGGUGAAGAAGAAACCCAGCAGCCAGCACAAGCCAGCACAGCACAGCGUCGUCAGAUCUCAUACGACGAUUGA